GGACAGCAGCAGCUCCUCCAUCUCUGAAACCCUCCAAACCCUCGCCGCCAUGGCCAGGAAACCCUCGCCCUCCGCCGCCGCCGCUGAGGCGGCCGACAACGAUUCCUUCGUCGCCAGCGCGAAGCCCGCCGAGCUCCUAGAGGCAGCGGCCAACUGCGACGGUGUCCAAGGGCACGCCCUAUUCUUCGACGCCCUCGUCCAGCUUAUCCCCCCGCGCUUCUACCUCUCCGUCGACGACGAGGAUCGCCCCUACUACCAGGGGCUCUCCAAGUCCGCCAAGGCGGCCAUGAAGGCUCAGUCCCGCGCCAACAUCAAGGCUGCCCGCCGAGCCCGCCUCGACCCCGCUGGGCCGCCUUCCUCCACCCUUGACCUCCUCAAGAAGUCCGUCGCCGACCAAGAGGCAGAGGACCAAGAGGAGGGGGAGGAGCAGGAUAAGUCGCAAGACGAAAUCCAGGAGACCGGGGACGAGGCAACCACAGAGGGCGACGAUGAUGGCAACGAUGACGAUGAGGAGGAAGAGGAGGAUGAUGGUGAGAAGGAGGAGAUGCUGAUGGCCCCGGCAGCAGUUGUUUCCGAAGACCGGUCGGUGACUUACGAGGAGCUUCGGGAGCGGCUUCAUCGCCGCAUCACGGAGCUCCGUGGGAACCGGUGCACCAGGCCGGAGUUCCUGAAUAAGCCCCAGAAGGAGAAGAGCAAGAAGGUGAAGGGUUCUAAAGUGAAGACUGGGAAGGACGAGGGUACAAAGCGCAAGCGUGAGGACGCUGAUGACGCAGCAGAGGGUAAGGAUGGGAAGAAGCACAAGAAGGAGGCCGAUGGGAAGGCUCCAGAUAUCGUGUAUGGCAAUGUGCUGGUUGAUCCAAAGGAUGCAAGGCGGAGGAAGAAGAGGAAGAUCAAGAACAAGAAGAAGGAGCUGGAGCAGGCUAAGCGGAUGCAGAGGGCAAAGGAAGAUCCUAAGAAGGCUACCAAGAUGGCCUGGGAUUUGGCAACAAGACGUGCUGCUGGGGAGAAGGUGCACGAUAACCCAACGUUGAUUAGGCAGAGCAUGAAGAAGGAUAAGAAGAGGCAGGAGAAGGCUGCGGAGCAGUGGAAGGACAGGCAGAAGACAGUGGACAGCAAGAGGAAGGAGAAGCAGAAUGCACGGACGGAGAACAUCCGGGAGCGGGCACAGGAGAAGAAGGCGCGCAAAAUUGAGAAGCGUGAGAAGAAGCUUAUGCGCCCUGGUUUCGAGGGUCGCAAAGAAGGAUAUGUCAAUAAGUGAGAUCUUCAUUGGAGGUGAUAAGGACCGAGGAGUAAUUGUAUCUGCUUUAUGUUGGCAAGGCUGCAUAUGUUGAUGUUGGUACUCAAAAUAGGUAUCCCAGUCAUGACUGUCAUACUUAGUUAUAGCUUAAAAUUGGAAUGUUUGGCAGGCUGUCUAGAAAAUAUUUUGUGGUGUUCCUUCAGCUUAGAUAAAAUUUGCAAACAGAAGUUUAUGUCUGGGUAUUGUUUUCUGAAGCACAUGACUGGAAAUGUUAAUGUUAAAUUAUGCUUCUGUGGGUGCUGUUUUUUUUUC